AUGGCUACUGAGUCUGACCCCGCUGUCACACGAGUCACUAUCAUACUCAACAAGCCAGAAGAUUGGUUCAAUUGGUUAUUCAUCCGUCAAGACGUUGCAGAUCGCCACAAUCUCUGGCAAUAUGUCAAUCCUGAUGGAGCAAAGGAGGAUCUCCCUGAGUUGACAGAGUCCCCUAAGCCUCAACUUACUGACUACAAGGCUAGAGCUACAAAGCUCUCUGACCUUGACGCUGACAAUCAAGAGUCCUACCAAUGGGAAUAUGAUCAAUGGGAGCGCUGUUGCUUGGAGUACCGCACCCAGAAGAAGGCUUUGGCUGACCUGAAAUUGGAUAUCAGCAAGACGAUUGCUGUAUGCCACAUACACCUGAUCAAGGAUCUCAAGACACCAUAUGACCAACUGGUUGCUCUCAAGAAGUUCCUUUGUCCAACAGAUGCAACUCGCCACUGUGAGCUUGCUGAU